AUGCAUCUUAGAUACGCGAUUGCGCUCGUGUGUUUCUGCCUGGCGCGCGCGAGUUCAUCGGGCCAGUUCUUCAGCCUCGAGAACCUGAAGACGUACGCGAAGAUCUUCAAAUUCGAUGGCCUGUCUGCGAACGAGACCGGAAACGAGCUGUGGAGAGGACUGCUGACAGACUGUGAUCGAUCGGUGACGUUCUCCUGUAUCCAGAAGAACGCUUACACCUAUCUGGACAAUGUUUUCGUUGAUCAGGGCAACAUCACCGUGUUCGACGGUCUGACCAUGACGAGGAACAGUUUGGAUUACGGCUCGUGCCGCAGGAAGGGUGAUCAGGACGAUUCCAUGGACGAGAAUCUGGUGGAUGGUUUCGGGAAAGAUGGCUGCGACGAAGAGGAAAGUGAAGGGGGGAAGGGGGAGGAAGGAGGUCGAGAGUUCGAGGAGGAACAGUCACCUUUGGAGGAAGUGACUAACGCGUUGAGGAAGAAGGCGGCGAAGUUUCUCGCCACCAGGGACUAUCAGGUCCAGUUACCCGAUUUUUUCUUCGAGGGAGCCACGAUCAAGAUAAGCCCGCGCGAGGUGGACGAGAAUGGCGCCCUGGUUAGAGUGGACUUCGGCCAGCGCGAGAUGGAGAGCCAAGGAAGGAUCUUCAAGAAAAUUAGGAAAUUUAUACAGAACAAAUUGAUGACGAGCUUCCUAGCCCUUCUGCUCAUCAUCAAGCUGAUCAAGCUGAAGUUCAUGUUCGUCAUACCAUUCCUGUUCGGCGUGGGUGCCGCGAAGAAGCUGUUCCUGAAGCUGCUGCUUUUCUUCAUACCGGCAUUCGCGCACGUCUUCAAGCUCUGCUCCAGCUAUUACUCCGCGCACAGCACCAAGUACCACCAUCAUCAUCACCAAAUAGCGCAUCACCAUCAUCACGUCCCGGUUCCGGUACCGGUGCCAACCUAUUACAAUCACCAUCACCAUCACAACGAAGAAGAUUUCGACGGCUACGAUUACGCUCAUCCUCACAUACAGUAUCGAAAAGACAUCGAGGAAUUGAAGGAAUGGGGCAUUGAACCCUACGAGGAGCCUUACGACGUUCAGCCAGAGCCCAUUGGCGCUGGCACGGUCCCAGCUCGACCAGCUGGAGUGUAUCCAGCGCCUUUCCCAGCACCCACUUACUCCGGAGCGUUUGGUGUUCCGCAGUACGCGCCAAAUGCUCAGCCAAUAGCGUCUCCGUAUCUAGAAAAACGACCGUCGAUGGCGGCGCAUAAUUUAGCCUACUCCGCUUACGCCGAGAACAAUCGUCGAGUACUGCAGUCUGCUACACCCUCGAUCGUCAACGUUCCUGUCAAUCCCGCGAAUCUGCCACCGACGAUGUUGCCCAUCGCGACGAACGUGAAGGCCUCUCAUCAGACAGCGUUCGGGCAACAAAAUGUGAGACAGGUCUCUGCGAAGAGCAGUCAGCUGGACUCGAAGCCUACUAUGACGGUGCAACGUCAGGGGUACGACGACGAAUAUUACGGGCCGAUAAUGAACAGGCUGGAGGACAUAUUCAAGCAGCUGAGAUUCGCAGAGGAAUCCUGCAGAGAGAGGCUGGUCUGCAGCAUGUACAAGAAUCCGGCUGUGUACACUCCGCACAGUAAUCUCGUUUCGAACGAACUGUCCAGAGACCCGCAAGAGUUGAAGCGGACCGGGACCGAAAGCUCGUCCAGCCACAAGUUCCACAGAUACCUGAACGCUGCCAGAUUGGGUCAAGAUGGUGGUGACUGUCUGAGAACGUAUCCUUGUCACAUAAAUACCGAAUAA